UAUGCGAUUCGACCGGUUGACAAGAAACAUGGCAGAUUCUGUUCUUUCUGUUGUUGGAGCGGCUUUCCUCGCUUAUCACGGUCUUAACUUUGGACUUCAGGUCCUACAAGGCAUAAGGACAUUUAUUCUACCAUCUUUGGGUUUUAAAAAGAAUUUCAAGCGUAGUUUUGGCAGCUGGGCCGUCGUGACAGGUUGUACUGAUGGGAUUGGUAAAUCAUAUGUUAAACAGUUAGCAAAACAAGGGAUCAAUAUCGUCCUUAUAAGCAGAAACAUGGAAAAACUAAAAAAUGUGGACCAAGAAAUAAGGUCUCUUUACAAUGUCAAUACUAAAAUUAUUGUGAUGGACUUCAGUGGCGGACCAGAAAUUUAUGAAGGUCUGGAGGAGAAACUAAAGGAUCUUGAAAUAGGAAUCCUUGUCAACAAUGUUGGAGUUGGAGAUUCAUGUCCUGACUUCUUCCUUAUGUCAUCAGUGCAGGAUGAUCUGAAGAUGCUUAACGUUAAUGUGCUGUCAGUUGUCAUGAUGAUGCAUAUCAUUCUUCCAGGCAUGGUCUCCAGGAAAAAGGGUCUUGUCAUCAAUGUAUCAUCUGUUGCUGGCAGUAUGCCAAUGCCGCUGAUAGCAACUUACUCUGCCACCAAGGCAUUUGUGGAUUUUUUCAGUAGAAGCUUAAACACAGAAUACUCUUCAAAAGGAAUCACUGUUCAAUGUGUAAUGCCAAUGUUUGUAUCAACAAACAUGACAAAAAACAUGCCAACCAGUGCUUUGGUCCCCACUGGUGAUAACUUUGUCAAUCAAGCCCUUGGAACUGUUGGAGUGGAACCAAGGACUUGUGGAUACUGGAGUCAUUCACUGCAAGCAUGGGUGUUCUACAACAUUCUGCCUGGAUGGCUGAGGUCCUACAUAAUCUGGAAAAUCUGGUAUGGAAUAAGAACUAUGGUCUACAAGAGGAGAAGAAGACAAGAAGAACAACAAAAGUCAGGACAUAAUGAUUGAUGUUCAUACACUGUUUUGUUUAUGGAAAAUACUCUUGUUUUAUAAUAUGCCAGUCUAAUCAUCAUUUAUGACCUCUAAACCUCCUUUAAUAACUACUGCAUUGGUGAUGCUAUGUUUGCUCAGAGCAGGAGAAGGGUUGGAACUUUUCACAUAAUAUUAUUACUUUUUAGUAAUAGAUUUUAUCAUAUAAUAAAUCUAUAAAAUACCUAUAUUUCUCCUUUUCGAAAAACUGAUAUUUUCA